AUGGAAUAUGCAAAGGGGCUCAUGUACUUGCACGAUGUUGCAAACCCUCCCGUAAUUUACAGGGAUAUGAAGGCGGCAAACGUGUUGUUGGAUGAAAACUUCAACCCCAAGCUGUGUGGACACUACAAGAAGCUUGCCCCUGAAUAUGAAAAGCUUGGAUCGAGCUUUAAAAAGGCUAAAUCUGUUUUGAUUGGGAAGAAGUUUUUUCCCAAGGAAAAUAAAGCUGGUGAAGAUUAUGAGGCUGAACGGGAGUUGGAUGAUUUUGUUAAAUUUAUUAAUGUGAAAUGUGGCACUAGCCGUGAUGCGAAUGGUCAACUUACUUUCCAGCUUCAAGAUAUCAAACUCUACACCUUCUAUAUGGAGCUAGAUUUGCAAAAGCCAUAUCCAACUCGAGGAAGUGACUUAUUGACAUGGGAGAGAACUUAUUGGUAACCAAGGACUUUGUGAAGAUAGCAAAUUUUGGCCUUGCUCGUGAAGUUCAUUCGAAG